CUCGUGGGCUCUGAGUUAUGACCCCGUCACUAGUUAACAAACGUAAACUAACCACUCAAUCACGUGACGCCAGGUUCCGCACCGACGGAAGGUGGCGCUGAACAUGCAGCGUCACAUCUGUGUCCGUGUUUGUGAUCAGCCGUGUAUUUGUAAUUGACAUGUUUAAGCUGGGGGCGUGUGUGCCGUGUAACUAAUAAUUACCCGCCACAUCCACAGGAAGGACUUUCUUCUACAGCCUCCUGCAGAGUGUUUUUAAACAUCUCUCUGCAGCUGUGCAGUAAAAUCCCUGCUCUGCGUGCACCGUGUCCACAUGGGGCUUUAAUCUAGCCGGCACUCGCGUGAAAAGAAGAACAAAUGGGGGAAGGGUGAUGGAGGGAGAGCGCGUACCCCCUCUCCGCCUGUAUCACACCACCCUCUCUCACAGCAUCAGCAGCGUCUGACGGCUGCAUCCUUCAGCUGCGCGUCCGUCCUGCUAUUCCUCCAGCUGACAUUUCGAUAACAGGAGUGGUUUGUGUCUGCAGCCGAGCAUCGGUGUUUCUUCCAGAACAAUCAAACACAAGCAGCAGCAUGGACAUGAUGGGCAACAAGCAGCGGCGGGUGCUGAACAUCAAAGCCGCGCUGAAGAGGAACUGGCUCCUGAUGUCUACGAUUGUAUCGGUGGUGCUCGGGAUCAGUCUGGGUGUUGUGGUCAGAGAGUACGCAUCCCUGUCGCAUCUCUACAAGCAGUACUUUGGCUUCCCAGGAGAGAUCCUGAUGCGAAUGCUGAAGCUGGUCAUUCUUCCUCUGAUCAUUUCAAGCAUGAUAACAGGUGUUGCAGCCUUAGACUCCGAGGUGUCAGGAAAGAUCGGUCUGCGAGCUGUCGUUUAUUACUUCUCAACAACUAUCAUUGCGGUUGUUCUUGGAAUUAUUCUAGUGAUGACCAUCAAACCGGGCGUGUCUCAGACAGCUGAGCACAUCGACAGAGCUGGGACUCCUCCUAAUGUCACCACAGUCGACACACUGUUGGACCUGCUCAGAAACAUGUUUCCUGAAAAUCUGGUGCAGGCUUGUUUUCAGCAGUACAAAACAAAACGCAAAGAACUGGAGCCUGAAAAGCUUCCAGUGAACAGCAGCACAGUGCCCCCUCUCACGACCACGAUCAUGACUGUGAUGGAGAACAUCACAAAGGACUACAAGAUCGUCGGCACGUACUCCGAUGGGAUCAAUGUGUUGGGGCUCAUCUCGGCAACCCUGCCUGUCACCUUUCGAUGUGCUGAGGAAAACAACUGCAUCGACAAGAGGAUCACCCGCUUUGUGCUCCCGGUUGGCGCCACCAUUAACAUGGACGGCACAGCGCUGUACGAGGCGGUGGCUGCUAUCUUCAUCGCCCAGCUGAAUGAUUACGCUCUGGAUGUAGGCCAGAUUGUUACCAUCAGUAUAACAGCCACAGUUGCCAGCAUUGGAGCAGCAGGAGUGCCUAACGCUGGCCUUGUCACCAUGGUGAUAGUUUUAACAGCUGUUGGCUUACCUGCCAGUGAUGUCACUCUGAUCGUUGCAGUCGAUUGGCUACUGGAUCGGUUCCGCACUAUGAUCAACGUCCUUGGCGAUGCGUACGGAGCUGGCAUUGUCCAGAAACUCUCCAAGAGGGAACUAGAACGGAUGGACCUGACAUCAGACAUGGAUGUCGCCAACCCUUUUGCCCUGGAAGCCGCUUUGGAUGACGAGGAGUGUGAGAAGAAGUCCUACGUGAACGGAGGCUUCACGGUUGACAAGACGGAUGCGAUCUCCUUCACGGAGACGUCCCAGUUUUAGCCUCCGGCUGGUUCAGUCGUGAGAAGAACGUGCACGGAGAGAAGCUAUCCAUCCGGACCCAUCCCAGGACCGACGUUAGCAAUAGCAGCCUUCAUUAAGCUAACCGAAGAGCACCCUUCAAGCUGGGCAUUUACAACUAUGGCUAGAUUAAAGUGCUUCCUUCAUUAUCUCAGAUCACGCCAUGAUUCAAAAAGUCUUUUUUCUCAAUAGGAGUUUUUCUUUUCUCGCACAGAUGAACUCAAACGAAGAGCUUUUUGCAAGUGUGUGUGUGUGUGAGUGUGUGUGUGUGUGCGCGUGUGUGUGUGUG